UUGUGAUUGGAGUCACUUUCCUCUAAUCAAGCAUCACUUUUACUGAUUUCAUAGGGUACAAAAUAUUUUACAAUUUUAAUUGCUUUGUGUUGCUCCUUUGCAUCUACUCUCCAACAGUAAUAGACAAAAUCCUAUCUAUUUCUUUUUAAAAGAACAUUAAAUCUCCUUUGAUCUUACAAUUUUCACAGAAUCUCUACUCCUUGAAACUUGAAUAAAUGUUGAUACACCCUCUUCUUUUUUAUCCCUCUAUAUCUGAAAGACUAUGAAAAGAGUUCUUUCUGCUCCUUUGUCUUCUAAACUUUGGAACCAAAAGCAACCUCAUAUGUCCAAUCCUUAAAACCAUACUAUUUUUCUGUUCACCUUUGAAUUCUUCAUUUUCCCACUUUUGUUCUCAUCUUUAUGGUUAUGUGCUCAGAAACAAGUCCCCCACGUCUCUCUUUCUCCCAUGAUCUCUCAGAGCUACAAGUUCUACCAAUGAAACAAGAUGUUCCUUCCAUAGACACAUUGUUGCAUGACUCAAAUUCUGACUUUGAGUUCAGCACAAGCACCAGCCUUGAGUUUGAAUCAUCUUCAGCAGAUGAACUUUUCUCCAAUGGUGUGAUCCUUCCAAUUCAGAUACAAGACAAAACCAAAGCUAGAAAACUCACUCAUCAAGUGGAACCUCAUCACACAAAACUCCCACCUCGUCCAUGUGCCUCAAGUGUUGAAAAAGUGAAGAAAGAAACCAUUAGAGAGCUCCUAGAUGUGAAUUCUGAUCAUGAGAAGAAGCCUCAUUGCAAGUCUUUUUGGGGAUUCAAUAGAAGCAAAAGUCUCAAUUGUGAUACAAAGAAGAACUUGGUAUGCUCCUUUCCUCUUUUGUCAAGAAGCAACUCAACAGGUUCAGUGUCAAAUCCAAAGAGAGUGAGUUCAAAUUCAAACAAGCAUCCAUCAAUUGCUAAAUCAUCAUCUUCCACCUUAAAUAUGUAUCCUGUGCAAAAAUCUCCCUCAGGUAAGAGUUAUGGAGGGUCUUAUUACCCCAAUGGCCUUAGGAUUAAUCCUAUUUUAAACGUACCAACUCCUUGUGCUUCAAAGGGAGGUGCAAAUCUCUUUGGUUUGGGUUCAUUUUUACGUGUUGGGAAGGUUAAGAAGAGCAAGAAGUGAUUUGUUCAUCAUAUACUAUAUCAUCAUCAUCGCGUAUCAUGAAUUCAUCUUGGUUUAAUUUAUUAUUAAUUUAUUAUCACAAUCAUCUUUUGUAAGAAUUAGUAAAUGCUAAUUAGUAAUUAGUAGUACUAAUUAGCAUGCUAAUAAAUGAAGUUGAUUAAACUACAUGAAGAUAAACAAUGAUAUUAUUAGUAUUAGAAAUUAAAAGAAUAUUGUAACAGAUUAUGGAUCUUCUGAAUGCCAUGGCCAUGCAGAUAAAAGGGUCCCCGGCUUGGGAGACAGAAUAACGGGAAUCCAUCUUUAGUGUUUUGUCCCAUUUUGUUUUCUUCUGUGAUUCCUCCCAAUUCCUAAAUAUGGAAUCUUGUGCUUUUUGGUGCUUAUUUAGAUAAAGAAUUGGAUUUUGUUUGAGUAA